CAACUUGUCUUAAGGGAUAAAGCAAAGGGAUAAAGCCCCUCUGACCAGCCUCUCCGAGUUAACACAGGAGAACAGCCUGAAAGGGAAGAGGACGAAUAACUUGAGGGGUUCCAUCACUUCUUAAAAAGAGGAAAAGCACUAAAUCCUGCUGGGGGACGAGGACUCACUUCUAGUCCUGAAAGCAGCAUGAAUAUGCAGGUUGUCUAUGACGUUUUAGGGGAAAAUGCCUGGUCGUACAUCGCCGGUACCUUCGUGGUGUUGUGGACUAUCGUGUGGCUGUACAGGGACGGCCUGGAGAUCGAGGGCAUCGCUGACAAGUACGUCUUUGUGACCGGCUGCGACUCGGGGUUCGGAAACCUGCUGUGCAAGAACCUCGAUCGCAGAGGUUUCCACGUGCUCGCCGGCUGUCUCACAGAAAAGGGAGCCGACGACCUGAAAAGGGUGACGGGUCCUUAUUUAAAGACUGUCCUUCUGGACGUGAGCAAUCAGGACAGCAUCCAGAAGGCCAUGGAGUGGACCACGAAGGAGGUCGGCGAUGCGGGACUCUGGGGUGUUGUGAACAACGCUGGACGCUCAUUGCCCAUGGGUCCGUCAGAGUGGAUGAAAGUGGAGGACUUCCACAGCACGCUGGAUGUCAACAUGAAUGGAGUGAUUGGCGUGACGAUGACCUUCCUGCCCCUCGUCAAGAAGGCUCGGGGCCGCAUCGUGAACGUGGCGUCGGUGCUGGGCAGGGUGGCUGCGAACGGGGGAGGAUACUGCAUCUCCAAGUUUGCAGUGGAGGCCUUUUCUGACUGCCUCCGGAGAGAUAUUAACUACUUUGGGAUCAACGUGUGCAUCAUUGAGCCGGGGUUUUUCAAGACCGCAGUGACGAGCCUGGAGCCGCUCGAGAAGGAGCUGCAGCGCCUCUGGAACCAGCUCAGCCCCGAAGUACAAGCGAGCUACGGAGACAAGUACCUCGACAAAUACAUCAAAGUCCAGCGUUUGAUAAUGAAUGCCAUCUGCGACACUGACAUCUCCAAGGUGACCGGCUGCAUGGAGCACGCUCUGACCGCUGCCCACCCACGCGCCAGAUACAGCCCCGGCUGGGAUGCCAAACUUCUCUGGAUCCCCCUCUCUUACAUGCCUUCCUGUGUAGUUGACAUCGGGCUGAAGCUGGUGCUGCCUCGUCCGUCAAAGAGCGUGUAACUAAAUUAUUUUAUUUGACGAUGCAGUGCAGAGGUCCACAAAGAAAUUAAUCUUUUGCCUUUCACAUUACCUCUGUAUUCCUUAUCUAUACUGGCCAUGCAGUGACUUGAUGUUGCUCCUUUUUUCUUUCUGCCCUUAAUCUGGCAUGUAACAUUUUUUUUUUUUAGACUAUUAGACCGUAUCCUGCAAUUUCCUGUUUAAUGAUUGUUCUGUGCUGUGCCUUUUGACACUGUUAUUUAUGUUCCUUGAUACGGAUGAGAAUACAAUGAUUAGCGUACUAUGUGCAUAAACGAAAGAAAUUGAAAAAUAUCCUACAAAAGAAAUAUAAUGUUUUAUUGAGACUUUGUGAGUCAGAGAAAUUUGGAGACAAAAAGCUUUUAAAUAUAAAUACAGCUGCACUACACACUGUUUCAUCCUCAAUAUCGUAAUAACAUGAUAACACAGGUGA